CAACAAUAAGAGUCCCUUCCGUCCGUCUUUAUAUUUCCCAUAAGCAUCUUUUCUUUCCAAAUCAAAUCAUUUUCCCUGCCUCUUCAAAUUCCUUAUUUAUAAAGUCACAAUUAAAGCUGAUCAAUUUAUCCUCUGUUAACUCCAAAUUUCCUGCAGAUCUAUAGAGGAGGAAAGAGAACAAGAUGUUAAGAGCUGUACUGAUUUCUUGUGUUCUCUUGUCUUUCUGUUUAUCAUCAUCUGCUCAAUUAUGUGCAAAAUACAACUUUGCCAGUAACCAAGUUUUCAGUUCCUGCAAUGAUCUCCCAUAUUUGAAUUCAUUUCUUCACUGGAAUUACGACUCCUCUUCGAAAACAGUUAGAAUGGCCUAUCGACAUGCAGGUGUCACGGGCUCUAAAUGGGUCGCGUGGGCUAUUAAUCCAAGGUCUCAAGGCAUGGUUGGCGCACAAGCACUCGUGGCUUUCCAGAAAUCUGAUGGAACCAUGAGAGCUUAUACAGCACCUAUCACUGCUUAUCAGACUCGGUUGCAGGAAGGAGAUUUGAGCUUCCCAGUUUCAGAUUUAUCGGCAGUGUAUUCAAAGAAUGAAAUUAUUAUUUUUGCCACGCUGAAGCUGGAAAACUUAACCUCUACCGUUAACCAGGUUUGGCAGGAUGGUCCACUUUCAGGAGAUGCCCCUGCAAUGCAUCCUACAUCUGGUUCUAACGUCCGAUCCGCGGGGACCCUAAAUCUUCUUUCAGGAGAGUCAAGAACAACAGCAGGGGCAUCAAACUCCCAAACAAAGAAAAGAAAUAUCCAUGGAGUACUGAAUGCAGUGAGUUGGGGUAUCUUGUUGCCUAUUGGUGCUUUAUUCGCAAGGUACUUGAGGGUCUUUCCAUCUGCUGAUCCUGCUUGGUUUUAUCUUCACGCAACUUGCCAAACCUCGGCCUACAUCGUUGGAGUUGCCGGCUGGGCCACCGGUCUCCAGCUAGGAAGUCAGUCUCCCGGAGUUCAAUACACGUCCCACAGGACCAUAGGAAUAGUUCUCUUCUGUCUAGGAACCCUCCAGGUAUUUGCUUUGCUUCUAAGGCCGAAAAAGGACCACAAAUACAGAUUUUACUGGAACAUCUACCACCACUCAGUAGGAUACGCAGUCAUCGUGCUAAGUAUUAUCAACAUUUUCAAGGGGUUCGACAUAUUAAAUCCCGAGAACAAAUGGGAGAGAGCCUAUAUUGGGAUCCUGGUGGUUCUGGCUUCUUUUGCUGCAACAUUGGAAGCUUAUACAUGGUAUGUAGUUGUGAAGAGGAAGAAAACUGCUGCUUCUCAAAAGAUGCCCGAUGGAACAAAUGGACAUGGAGCAAGGGUAUGAAAAGUGGGGGUUGUUCAAUUUGCUCAUAUAUCUUUCAUAUUUUUGUGUUGCUGUAUUUUUGUAUGCUUUUCCAUUAAAGGUUAUAUUGUUAGGUUGCUUGUAUUAGGGAGAGUUUAGAGAUGAUACAAGUUUUUCCCCCUUUUUUCAUUGUUGAUGUAGAUUUUCUGUUGAGGAUUUAUACAUAUCUGCUGUUUCUUUAAUGUAUCAGAGUGCAUUUAGUAUUUUUCCAGCAUCUU